CAUUGGCAACGCCAUGUUGUUUGGGUGAUUUUGGAGACGAGAGAUUUAUUGAUCGAGUUUAAAUAUCGUAAGGUUCUUUCGACUGAUAUUUCCGCUUCAAAUUAUUCCUGUUAGUUGAAAUCGUUAACCAAGUGGUCAAAAUAUUACGAAAUGACAGCCGUCGUCGCUCAGAAAGGAGAUGGCUCCAGAACUUACACAUUUGCAAGUCAACCUCGACCUGUUCAACAAAGAAAAAAAUAUCGGGAUCCACUAACCCAAGAAAACGAGAGUCCAACGCCUUACGGAAACAUCAUGUAUGAUCGGAGAAUUGUUAGGGGUAACACUUACGCUCAAAGGACUCUACCAGCGACAGCACAGCCAGAUCCUAUAGAAAUUCAAAGACAACAAGAAGCAAGACGGAGAGCUAUAGCCAGAAAACGUGCCAAAGCACAGUUGAAACCUAGAUCACCAGAGCCUGUUGAAGGAAGGAAACAUAUUGAUGUACAAACAGAGCUUUAUUUGGAGGAGUUGAGUGAUAGAGUGGAAGAAGCUGAUGUGGAAACACAGACUGAUGCAUUUCUUGACAGACCUCCUUCUCCUCUGUUUAUCCCUGCAAAAAGUGGUGUGGAUGUCGCAACUCAAAUUUUAGAAGGAGAAUUGUUUGACUUUGACAUUGAAGUUAAACCGAUCCUAGAGGUGCUUGUUGGUAAAACAGUUGAACAGGCUCUUCUAGAGGUGAUGGAAGAGGAAGAACUCUCAAAUCUUCGAGCCCAACAGAGGCGGUUCAAGGAACUCAGGAAUGCUGAACUUGUUGAAACGCAGAGAUUAGAAGAACAAGAAAGACGGCACAGAGAAGAGAAAGAACGGAGAAUGAAACAACAGGCAGAAGUAUUGAGAAAAGAAAAAGAAACUGGUGAAAAGAUAUCAGCACGUGCCUUCGCUCAGAGUUACCUUGCGGAUUUAGUACCGUCUGUGUUUGGUUCACUAAAUGAAAAUGGAUAUUUCUACGAUCCAGUGGAAAGAGAUGUAGAAACAUACUUUAUGCCAUGGUUGUUGGAGAAAGUGGAGGGUGAAUUAAAUCAAAGUGUUGUUGCAAGAACUGUCCUUGAUGCAAUCAUUAGAGAUGUUGUUCAAAAGCGUUUUGAAGUUUAUCAUAAGCUUGAGGAGGCAGCAAGGUUGGCUGCAGAGCAAGAGGCAGCAGCCAGGGCAGCAGAAGAAAGAAAGAUAGCUGAAGAAAUUGCAGCCAAAGCAGCAGUAGCAGCAGUAGAAGAGACCAAGGCAGAUGAGGCAGGAGAACAGGGCGACCAGGAAGCUGGAGUAGAAGGUGAUGGGAGAGAAACAGCUGAUAAACCUGAGGAGGAUAGUGUGGCUGGGGAGGAUGUGGGCAGUGAACAGGCUCCCACUGCUGAUACACCUGCUGAGUCAGUGCCAAAAGAUUCUGAACCUGCAGAAGAUGCUGCCGCUGAAGAAGAGUAAAUCACAUAACCAACUGCUCUCAAUAAUUUGGUCUUUGUAGCUCAUCUACCUCUUGUUAAUUUUUGAACAUUUCAAAGCAGGAGAAACUGGUGUUCUUUUAUGAAGAGAAGUUCUUGUACAUCUGUAUAAACUCUUUUACUACUUACCAUAUGUUUUGGUACUUCGCUUGUCUUUUUUUGAAUUGAAACUGUUUCAAUGAUAAUUACUUGGAAGAACUUUUAUAGAGAAACCCACAGCUACAUUUUAUGUAUAUAUAUUAGAUCUUGUUAUCAUCCAGAAAAUGUUUGAGGGAAUGGAUGAUAUACUUGAAUAUACAAUUAAAAAUAAACCUUACUCUAAAUUA